AUGGCCGGCGAAUGGUGCAAAGUUCCGCCAACGGAUGACGAGGCACCCUCGAUUAAGCGCGAAGCUGAGGGCGCUAAACUUUAUUUACGAAAGUUUUGCCCCGCGGCCGGCGAUAACUUGCAUGAUCAUCUUAGUGAGGUAUUGAAGAAGAUACUUACCGAAAGACCGAAUGACGCUAUUACGGCUUUCGAGGAGUACAGUAGGAAAUUGCGCGAGGACAAGUUUCGAAUGCAAGGCGAUUGUUUGCGUGAUUUGCAUGUGCCACGACCACAAUUCAAGGAUGCGCAGAAACUUAUCGAUUUAUUCAAAGUUCACUUGGCAAUCAACGAAGAUUAUCGGAGCGUCGAUGAAGGAACAGACGAUGCUGUACAAACGCGAGCGAUCAUUCCUAAUCUGUUUGAACUCUUAUUUUACUCCGAGCAAGUUGAUAUUGGAUUACCGCGGACUGAAGUUGUGCUGCUAAACUUGGCCAUUAGGAAAUUAAUUGCCAAAAUCAAAGUAGAAGAUGUUCGCUUUUGGGGGAAAAUCUUGGGAAGAUCAAAAAAUUAUUACGUUAUUGAAGCUAGUUUAUCGGAUUUCGAAUUGGAACGGAGAUUAGAGGAACUGGAGAGAGCUCAGCAGAAGUCUGAGAGAGAAAAUGCAGAUGAUGCAAAUGGGGACGCGAAAGAAGCUCAACAAGAAGUGGCAGAGAAAGAGGCACUAGAGGCGGCUCUGGCAACUAAAUUAUCCGAUUCAGCAGGAGAAAAUGAAGCGGGAUUUGCGGAGGAAGAUGAUACUUUAAAACUUGUGUUCCCGCCUAUACCAGAAAACACUUGGCUACCGCCGCCAAAAGUGCCUCCUGAAAAACUUGGCACUGGCGCCAAUGCCAAGGUCUACUUUGUUUGCAAUUCACCGGGAUUGGACGACUGGGUGGAAUUACCAGCAGUGACUCCGGAGCAAAUUGUCAUUGCCCGACAAACUAUUUACGUAUUCACGGGAAAUUUGGAGGCUGACAUUCGUACAUUCCCGCCGUUUCCCGGAAACGAGAAGAAUUAUCUACGCGCACAGAUUGCUCGCAUCGGCGCGGCUACACAUGUCUCUCCAAUUGGCUAUUUUACAUUCGGCAAUCGGAAGCAGGAUGAUGAAGAGAUGGAAGACGAGGAGAGCGACGCGGAGGACGAGGAAGAGGAGGAAGACGAAGCCGAUGUGGUGAUAAACCGUCACUACGAGCAACCAGCGAUCAGAGAUUUAAUUGAGUCAUCAAACUGGUGUCACCACAGCCCGUGUAUACUCGCGCAAGGGCGCGUGAUAUGGCAGGAUCCAGGAAAGGCUGGCGCCGAGGAGGGUGACGAAGAAGACGAGGGUGAGGACGAGGCCGAGGAGGGCGACGAGGCCGAUGAUAGCGGAAAUGAGAAAGAGGAACAGAACGGCUCUGAGAAAGACAAAGGAAUCGAGAAGGAGAUCGGACCGCCACUGUUGACGCCCCUAUCGGAGGAUACUACACAGGACUGGCUGACACCUUGGACUGGACGACUCUCUUCCAAAAUACAACCCGAUACGGCAGUAGCUCUCAUUCGUUCUAAUGUCUGGCCCGGGGCUUUUGCUAUCGCUGCGGACAAGAAAUUCUUCAACGUUUACAUUGGCUGGGGUCAUAAGCACAAUGCUUACAAUUAUAGUCCAAUCACAAUGCCACCUAUUGAAAACCAGUACCCAAUUGAUUCGGAACCUGCGGAAAUUCAGGAUCCGACAUUCGAUGAAGAGGAGACUUAUCGCAUCUCCCAACUGCCACCUUCUGACGAUGACGAGGAGGAAGACGACGAGUCCGAGAAAACUGUUGAUAGCGAAGAGGAUUAA